AUGAGGGACCUCGACGAGUACAAGUCCUUCACCGCAGAACCCCCCGUUGCCAUUGACUGUUCCCCGCUUGCGUGGUGGCUAAGAGAGGAGCAGCAACAGCGAUACCCCUGUCUUUCCAAAAUGGCUGUUGAUAUCCUCUCCAUACCUGCCAUGUCGGCCGAGCCAGAGCGAGUAUUCUCCGGCGCACGGCGCACAAUAUCGUGGGAUCGAUGCCGCUUGGGAAGCCAUGCAAUCGAGAGAGGAGAGUGCAUGAAGAGCUGGAUUAAGAGCGGCAUCACGCAGGGAAUUCCGGUCGACUUGGCCGGUGAGGAGGAGAAGGAGGAGGCUGGCGAGAUGGAAAGGACCAAGUCAAGGCUCAAGGAGACGCCGACAGUUGACCAGCCUGACGAGGAGGAUAACUACACAAACCUCAAGAACAUCAAGAAGAGACCAAUGAUAACAUCAGUCUUGAUGACGAAGAUUCAUAAAUGCCUUCACAAGUGUAACAGGCUGGGCCCGUGUGGGUCUUGGCAGUCGCCCUCGACCAAGAAGACCCACACCACCUCCUGA